AAAUGAGUCCAAAAAAGUCAAAGAAAAAAAGGGAUAAGGCAGAAUUCUAAAAAUGCCCUUCCUUUGAACACCAUCUUUGUGCAGGCAUCUGGGGGAGGCCAGCUGGGGCAGGGUUAUCUGCCAGCCAGGCCUGUAGGACUUCUCUUCUCUUGUUUAUCUCCAGCCACAUCUGGGGCAGCUGCCAGGACCCGCCCCCACUCUGCCGUCAUUGGAGGAACUCAAACUUAAAGGCUCCUGCUAAGAAUCAGGAUGUUUCAUUUUCCUCUUACUGGUGGGCUUGCUGUGGCUGGUCUGGGAAGGCUGAGCCCUGGUCCAGACCCUUGUGGACAGUGAGCCUCUUGCCAUGGCAGCCUGCUGCAGCUGUAAUGAUGUUUUCCAGUAUGAGACAAACAAAGUCACCCGGAUCCAGAGCAUGAAUUAUGGCACCAUUAAGUGGAUCUUCCACAUGAUCGUCUUUUCCUACGUUAGCUUUGCUUUGGUGAGUGACAAGCUGUACCAGCGGAAAGAGCCUCUUAUCAGUUCUGUGCACACCAAGGUAAAAGGGAUAGCAGAGGUGAAAGAGGAGAUUUUGGAGAACGGGAUGAAGAAGGUGGUGUCCAGUGUCUUUGACACGGCGGAUUACACCUUCCCUUUGCAGGGAAACUCCUUUUUCGUGAUGACAAACUUCCUCAAGACAGAAGGCCAACAGCAGGGGUUAUGUCCUGAGUUUCCCACCCGCAGGACACUCUGUUCCUCUGACUUGGGCUGUAAAAAGGGACGGGUGGACCCGCAGAGCAAAGGGAUCCAGACCGGAAGGUGUGUAGAGUAUAAAGGGAAGCUGAAGACCUGUGAGGUCUCCGCCUGGUGUCCCAUCGAGGCAGCGAAAGAGCCCCCCCGGCCUGCGCUCUUGAACGUUGCCGAAAACUUCACAGUGCUCAUCAAAAAUAACAUCGACUUCCCUGGCCACAACUACACCACGAGAAACAUCUUGCCGGGUGUAAACAUCACUUGUACCUUUCACAAGACUCAGGAUCCACAGUGUCCCAUCUUCCGACUAGGAGAUAUCUUCCAAGAAGUAGGAGAUAAUUUUUCAGAUGCUGCAAUUCAGGGAGGAAUCAUGGGCAUUGAGAUCUACUGGGACUGCAACUUGGACAGCUGGUUCCAUCGCUGCCAUCCAAAAUACAGUUUCCGUCGCCUUGACGACAAGACCACCAAUGAGUCCUUGUAUCCUGGCUACAACUUCAGAUAUGCCAAGUACUAUAAGGAAAACAACGUUGAAAAACGGACUCUGAUAAAAGUCUUUGGGAUCCGUUUUGACAUCCUGGUUUUUGGCACCGGAGGGAAAUUUGACAUUAUCCAGCUGGUCGUGUACAUUGGCUCAACCCUCUCCUACUUUGGUUUGGCCACUCUGUUCAUUGACUUCCUCAUCAACACUUACUCGAGUAAAUGCUGCCGAUCCCACAUUUAUCCAUGUUUCAAGUGCUGUGAAUGCUGUGCAGUCAAUGAAUACUACUACAGGAAGAAGUGUGAGACCAUCGUGGAGCCCAAGGCGACGUUAAAAUAUGUGUCCUUUGUGGAUGAAUCCCACAUUAGAAUGGUGGACCAGAGGCUACUUGGGAGAAGUCUGCAAGGUGUCAAAGGUGAAAAAGUCCCAAGACCCUCAACGGACUUCACAGACUUGUCCAGGCUGCCCAUGUCUCUCUGUGACCCACCCCCUAUACCUGGACAGCCGGAGGAGAUGCAGCUGUUAAGUGAAGUGACUCCUAGAUUCGGUGACAGCCCUGCCUGGUGCCAGUGUGGACACUGCCUCCCGUCCCAACUCCCUGAGAGCCACAGGUGCCUGGAGGAGCUGUGCUGUCGGAAAAAGGCUGGCGCCUGCAUCACCACCUCAGAGCCAUUCAGGAAGCUCGUCUUGUCCCGGCGCGUCCUGCGGUUCCUUCUGCUCUACCAGGAGCCCUUGCUGGCGCUGGACGAAAACGCCAACAGCCAGCUGCGGCACUGUGCCUACAGGUGCUACACCACCUGGCGCUUCGGCUCCCAGGACCUCGCUGACUUUGCCAUCCUGCCCAGCUGCUGCCGCUGGAGGAUCCGGAGAGAGUUUCCCAAGAGUGAAGGCCAGUACAGUGGCUUCAAGAGUCCUUACUGAAGGCACGGGGCUGAGCAGUCAUGUGAACAUGACCUUUGUUUGCAACCUGA